AUGGCGUUCCUCAAACCUUCACAGCGUUUGUUUCUCCGCUCUGAUGAAGAUGUUCCAGAGAGGAAGAUGACAUCAGAUGAGGAGGAAGCCAGGCGCAUCGCCGAGAUGGGGAAACCGGUGCUGGGGGAACACUCCAAGCUGGAAGUCAUUAUCGAGGAAUCAUACGAGUUUAAGAGCACAGUGGACAAGCUGAUCAAGAAGACCAACCUGGCUCUGGUGGUGGGGACUAACUCGUGGAGAGACCAGUUCAUGGAGGCCAUCACAGUCAGUGCAGAUGAGGACGAGGACGACACGGGGGAAGAGCGUCUGCCGUCCUGUUUCGACUACGUCAUGCACUUCCUCACCGUCUUCUGGAAGGUCCUGUUUGCGUGCGUUCCCCCCACCGACUACAUGAACGGCUGGGCGUGCUUCGUCAUCUCCAUCGCCAUCAUCGGCCUGCUCACUGCCGUCAUCGGCGACCUGGCGUCUCACUUCGGCUGCACCAUCGGCCUGAAGGACUCGGUGACUGCGGUGGUGUUUGUGGCGCUGGGUACCUCCAUCCCAGGUGAGUCAUGACACUCGAUGGAUUCUUCUUCUUCUUUAGAGAGAACUUUAAAAACCGCUUCAAACAGAUAACGUGCUUCGUCAUCAAGAUGGCCGACACUCAUAUUUCCUCCAAACUGACUUUUUCACCCGACAGAAACGAAGCGUCACAGAAACCUGGACUCUGUCAGCACUUUUGUUAUUAAAGCUCAUUAAUAAAUCAUCACUGCGCUCGACUUUGGAUUCAGACGGGAAGAAGAUUAAACUCUGAGCAACGUGUUGAUGCUGCCAGGAAAUGAAAAAUAUGGAAAGUCACUUUCACCAUAAUUGACCCUUUGACAAGCCCCGCCCUCCUGAACCACACUGUUGAGCUCUUUAUGACGCCAUAAGAUACACUGUUAAACUUCAGCACUGUAUGUUUUACAGGUUCUUACUGUACUCUAUAAUUACAGUAAAUUACUGUAUUGUGUGUUUACAGUUUAUAGACUGUAUUUUAAUCUGCAGUGUGUUUCCUGUACAGAGCGCCACAGGAAGGAGUCCUAAAACCAGGAAGUGAGU